GAAGUGACAGUCUGAGAGGAGGAGGUGGUGGAGGAGGAGAGAGACGUCUCUGCCGCUGUGUCCGAAAAACGAGCAACAAGUCUUUCACGGUGAAACUGCGAAUUGAAAGAAUAAAAACCUGAAUUACGCUGAUUGGAUUAAACGGGCGGGCUUAGUUCCGAGUUCCCAGUUGGGUCUCGCGGUUAAAGGGGACUACGUGGACGGCUCGGUAGCAGAGGUGAUGGUAACAUGGCUGCCCUGUUUACUGAGCUGCCCUCCUAAACUUCCAAUAACAACGUGAUAAUAUAACCCACACACCUGAGGAAACAACUCAAACUUGGCCCAACACGUGUGUGAGAGAUGACAACCUCCCAUUUGAACGGCCAUGUUGCUGGCGAGGGAGGAGGAGGAGGAGACGAAGAGCUAAGGGGAGGACAACAUCACCGGGAAAUGGCUGUUGACUGUCCAGGAGAUUUAGGGAGUCGAACAUUGCCUCUCCGGCGAUCUGCACAGCUGGAGAAGAUACGACAACACCAGGAGGACCUCCGGCGUCGUAGAGAGGAGGAGGGCCGGCAGCUAGAUCUGAAUGCCUCACUCAGGCUCAGGAAGCUCUCCCAGAAUCCCCACAUCGGGAUUGACAACCCCACAUUCCUGCAAGAUACAUACAUACCACAGCAGCCACCGUCCAGCAGCCAACACACACAAGCACUGCUGGAGUUGGAGGAGUUGUUGCUGUCACUAAAGCAGGUCCGGGGGUUCCUGUCUGACCAGCAGAGUCAGAAUGACAUAGAACUGGUUCUUGCACUACUAAACAAGUCUGAUUUCCAGUCAGCACUGAAGAUCCAUAAUGCGGUGGCCGCCAGCAUGCACCGACCCUCUCCUCCAUACCCACACACAGAUCAGGCACUGCCGCUGGCCAUGGAGGUCAGAAAUCUCAUACAGUCAAGUCACACUAAAGAAGGACUGGAACUCCACAGCCUGCUGUCAAACACACACAUCCAGUCCUUGCUCCUGGCCCAUGACAGUGUAGCAGAGGGAGAAAUGAAGUCUGAGCCGCUGCCUGCCCAAGGAGAAACACUAACUCAGUGGGGAGGCGAGACUGUUAAAAUAGUUCGCAUUGAGAAGGCCCAAGACAUACCACUGGGAGCAACUGUUCGUAAUGAAAUGGACAGUGUUGUGAUUAGUCGCAUUGUUCGUGGUGGGGCAGCAGAGCGCAGUGGACUUUUGUCUGAAGGCGAUGAAAUACUGGAGAUUAACGGCAUAGAGAUCAGAGGGAAAGAUGUCAACCAAGUCUUUGACAUUCUUGCAGACAUGCAUGGCCUCCUGACCUUUGUGUUAAUUCCCAGUUCUCAGAGCAAACCCCCUCCUGUCAAAGAGACUGUGGUCCAUGUGAAGGCACAUUUUGACUAUGACCCUUCAGAUGACCCCUAUGUGCCGUGCAGAGAGUUGGGCUUAUCCUUCCAAAAAGGAGAUAUUCUCCAUAUUAUCAGCCAGUCAGACCCCAACUGGUGGCAGGCUUACAGGGACGGAGAUGAGGAUAAUCAGCCACUAGCUGGCCUCGUACCAGGGAAGAGUUUCCAGCAACAGAGAGAGGCCAUGAAGCAGACCAUAGAAGAAGACAAGGAGCCAGAGAAGUCUGGGAAACUGUGGUGUGCAAAGAAGAACAAGAGGAAGAGAAAGAAGCUGCUGUACAACGCUCACAGGAAUGAUGAUCUUGAUAAUGAGGAAAUUCUCACCUAUGAGGAGAUGGCUCUGUACCACCAGCCGGCCAAUAGGAAGCGGCCAAUUGCACUGAUUGGUCCAACUGGCUGUGGUCAAUCAGAGCUAAGACAGAGACUGCUCAACAGCCAGUCAGAACGGUUUGCUGUAGCUGUACCUCACACGACACGGAGCCGUCGAGAAGGGGAACUGAGCGGUCGAGACUACCACUUUGUUUCUCGUCAGACUUUUGAGGCAGAACUUGCAUCUGGGAAACUGAUUGAAUCAGGAGAGUUUGAGAAGAACAUGUAUGGGACGAGCACGGACUCGGUGAGGCAGGUCAUCAACACUGGAAAGAUCUGUGUGCUUUGUCUCCACACACAGGCUCUGAAGAUACUGAGGAGUUCAGACUUAAAGCCUUACAUCAUCUUCAUAGCUCCGCCUUCCCAGGAAAGACUUCGAGCGAUGUUGGCUAAAGACAACAAGAACCCCAAGCCUGAGGAGCUGCGGGACAUCAUAGAGAAGGCUCGGGAGAUGGAGCAGUGCUCCGGUCACCUGUUUGAUGCCGUCAUCGUGAACACAGACCAGGACAAAGCCUACAACGAGCUGCUACGACUCAUCAACAAACUGGACACUGAACCUCAGUGGGUGCCCUGCUCCUGGCUUCGCUGAAAACUCUCUAUGUAUCUCCAUCAAUCCAACUCAUUUUUCACAGAGGGACACAUGGAGCCCGUGGAGGCUAUACCUCUACAGAUUUGACAAACUGGAUGGUGUUUUUUACACCGUGUGCUGUGCCGAGGGUUUAUAUUAAGAAAAAAACAAAUCGGAGAUUUUGAGAACUUGUAAUAUUAUGAGAAUGAAGUUGCAAUAUUUCUAUGUGAACAUAUAUAAGUUUAUUCUCGUGAUAUUAUGAUCUAUUAUGAUAAGUUGUCAUUUUAACAGGAAAAAGUAAUUUGCUUUAAAACACAAAUCAUGUUAUCAGAUAAAGUUGAAAUGUUCCGGAAAAUAUGAUACAUGUAUAUUAGACUAAUAGGAUUUUAAUAAUAAAAAUACUUUAUGUGUUAUUUGAAAGCCAAAUGUAACAUCACAAGUGGGAACUUUAAUAGAAGUGGGAACAUUUUAGAAGAUGUAACGCGGUUCUGGUGCACUGUGAUGAGAUGGGGUAGAUUGCACUUAAGUUUGGACUACUAUGUCACUUAUCAUUAUUAGAUACUGGUUAGUAAUACUAACUUAACAGUUAUUCUGCCUGGCUUGUCUGUCUGAAGUCCACUGACUUUAAUGAUGCUGUGAACUUUGACCUAUCUUCUCUCUGAGUCCAAUCUUUAAUCCAGUCGCUGCCUCUAAACAUGUUUACGUCUACUGGCCUCAUUUCAUUGCAGCAUUCUAAAAGCUAUGAUAUGGUUCAUUUGUCUGCCAGGAAUUAAUUCGACACAAACAUUAUCUUAAAAUAUUAUAUUUCCCAGACCUUAAUCAUAAUGUCAGUGUGUAAUAUUAAAAUGAGGACUGGAACUACGUAUUUAUUACCUUUCUGUUUCUCAGAAAACAUGAUUUUAUCUCAACAUCCUAAUUCAUUCUUACCAUGACACACUGUACAUAAACAUUUUAGUCUUAAUGUAACUUCUUGUAAUAUGAAAUUAUCAAAUUGGAUUUCAAUAAAACAUAAAUAGACGGAAUGCUAAUCUAUAGUUCAUUUCAUAAAAACAACUUUAUUGCUGACAUAAAUCCAACUUUAGUCUCGUAACAUGAACAAGUUUUCUCAAAAUCUCAGACUUGAGUAUUUCUUCACACUGGCCCUAAUAACUGUUGUAAUGUGAAGAGUAUAGACUCUGCUAGAACGUACUGACCUGGUGUCACUGAUAAUGACAAGCAGAUAUAUUUUUUGUGUGUGUGUAUUGUCUGUCCUGAAAGGGAGAAAAUCCAAAAAUGGAUGUAGAUGGUGGCUGACUGAUCUGCCAUCUUUUUUAUCUGGUUGACACCAUCACAGUUCCAAAAACAUGGACCUGGAUUACUGAGACCUUUUUUUUUUUUUCUGUAGUAGUUUUUCUUUCUCAGAAAUGCUGGGCCUUUUAUGAUGCUCCCUUGAGCUGUGAUCAUUUCAGCCGCUAUGAUUAAAACCUAUUUAAAUCUUGACGUGCAAAUACCUUUCACAGCGCGUAGGAAUCAAUGUCAACAUUAGAGUUUAAAUUCAAGCUUCUUCAUAUUGUUUUAUUAUUAUCAUUAUUAUUAUUAUUAUUAUUAUUAAAGAACUUUGCAGGCAGAAACAUGUACAAGUGAGGCCACUCACACACACUCUUUGACGUUUAGUAGAAGUGUAUCUACAUGAGCCACUGCAUUUACUGCUAAGAAGAACACUCACCCACACAUUCUCCUUAUAUACACAACCACAGUGCAUUAGCUGCUGAUGUACCCCACCCCUGUACUGGGCAGUCUGGAAUGGUGGCCUGAAACUACAGCCUUCUUAACACUGACUGACUGACCGACUGACUGACUGACUGACUGUUAGAAAGCACACUAUUGCAAUAAACACUAAAACAAAGGACCCAGCACUUGAUAUCCUUCUUUACAAAGGUAACUCAUUUUUUUGUCCUGUUUUUCCGGACUUAGUUGUGACAUCACUUUAUCAGCUGAGUCUUUCUGUUCCCUCUGACCACAUUUAAGUAGACCUUUGAGCCUCAGCCCUGAGGGGUGUGCAGGCAAAAAGAAGUUGUAGUCGUAUUCCUGAUCGGCACGUGAUGCAUGUGAGUCAUUAAAUAUUUAGUGUGUGUGCCAGUGAGUGUGUUUGUGUGCGUGUGCCUGUCCCUGAAGACAAUGAAGUAUUAUUGUGACCUGAAGUAGACCUGACACUAUAUCGCUGUCAUCACUGUGUAGAGCAUUUAUAUAUUUUUUAAUAUUGAAGAUAGAUUUAUGAAGUUGCGAAUGCACCGAUAGGCUUGCAGGCUUCGCCCCCUCUCCCUCCCACCCUCACCCUUGGUCCAGGAGAAAGAGGGAGGUGGGGCUAAGUGGAAUUAACUGUGUUGAAUGCUGAAAGUUAAUUGUCACCACUUCCUGUUCAUCAGACGUCACUUCUUCCUGAGAGAAAAUAAAAUGUAUUUUGUAUCAAUAUUCACAAUGAAUAAAUAAAUAGAUGAUUGAUAGUAAA